AUGAGGCUGUCUUAUGUAUUCACUGGAUUGGCUGCCGCUGCCGCAAGCGUUAGCGCACAUUCGACCGUGUGGGGCGUUUGGAUCAACGGCGUUGACCAGGGCGACGGUCAAAACCAGUACAUCCGCUCCCCACCAAGCAACUACCCUGUCAAGGACCUAAACUCCAAUGCCGUCGCGUGCAACGUGAACAACCGCGCUGUUCCUAAGACUUUGAAAGUCAAGCCCGGAGAUACGGUCACGUUCGAAUGGUUCCACGACUAUCGCGACGAUGAGAUCAUUGCCGCAUCACAUAAAGGACCGGUUGUCGUGUAUAUUGCACCUACAUCUUCUAAUGGCGCAGGGAAUGUUUGGGUCAAGCUGUACCAGGAAGGGUACAAUGGCAAUUGGGCUGUCGACAAAAUCAUUGCAACUCAUGGACAACACUCAAUCAAGAUUCCCAAUAUUGCUUCCGGCCAAUAUCUGCUACGCCCCGAACUCAUCACUCUCCAUGAAGCCAAUGUCGCUUACAGCUCUAACUCCGCUCGCGGUGUUCAACUCUACAUGAGCUGCAUACAAAUCGAAGUUCAAGGUAGCGGCUCUACCCUUCCCUCUGGAGUUGCUUUCCCAGGCGACCCCGGUCUGGUCUUUAACUUAUACGAGUCCCUCGCCAUCAGUUACGUUAUUCCUGGGCCGGCUGUUUGGAGUGGUUCGGCAGGGGGCAGCAUUAGCCGAGCUGGAACCCCCGGUCAAGCACCUCCUUCUGGAGGGUCCGGUGGAUCUGGAACCGUUGAUAAGUACCAGCAGUGCGGUGGAAUUGGUUGGUCGGAGCUACUGCAUGCGUUUCUGGGUCGACUUGUACCAAAGUCAAUGACAUCCCGCGGUCCCGCAUUAUCGACGGAAUACAUCGCAUCGACGGAUGAUGCUCUCGAUGAGCUUUUCAGUCAGUUGAUCCAAAACGACACUGGUGGCUACCCAGAAAAUACAAGCUAUGUCACUGACCCAACUAUCUAUUCGCAUGCAACAGACAUGCUCCAUUGGGAUAAUGUGGCUCAACGCUCCGUGUCUAAAACGUAUAGAUUUAUGUAUACCCAACCGCAUCCUCCUGAGCCUGAGACUGUGGGGCAUAUUCAGGGCAUUUCUGCUACCACCUUCGCCCCCUCGUUAAACUAUUCUACAACCGGUGUCACCACUCUCGCCACUUGUUCGAUUCAAGGAGGAACUCCCAUCCUUUCACAAGAUAUCCCAGGUCCACCUAUUUCUACUGCCGACAACUUCGAUAACACGAAUACAAUAAUACCUGCUUCGGGAAAUCCUCCGAAUUGGAUGUACGUACCAUUGGCGUUAUAUCCCAGCGAGGAAGCAAUCACGCAUUUCGUUCAUAGCUACAAGGGAGAGAUGGACAGACGCAUUCGUGAGGUAUCUUGUUCUUUAUGCGUGUGGGAGGGGAGAUCCAAGCUACACGAUUCGAGGCCGUUCAAUUUGAUUCGUCACCUUUUCAGGCACUUCAAGAUUAAAAUUUACAAAUGUCGUCCUUGUGGUAAGCAAUUUACGACAAUGGAUCAGGCAGUGGUGCAUUCCAUGAACCAUCAUUCUGCAACUCGUCAGAACGCCGAAGGAACUUUUGAGAGGCUCAGCUCUGUCGGAGACAAUUGA